AUGGAGAAGAGCAAGAAGGAUGGCCACCAGGCUGUGCUCAAUGAAGGAGAAGAGAAUGAGCUGGAGGUGUUUGGUUACCAUACCCAGAAUCUACGGAGAGCCCUGUGCCUUGUCACAGCUAUCCUGACUCUUGGAGCAGUUCAGCUGAUAUUCUACUGGAGGCCUGAGUGGUGGGUGUGGACCAGUUGCAUCCCAUGUCCCUUGCAAGAAGCAGACACAGUUUUGCUGAGGACAACGGAUGAAUUUCGAAGAUAUAUGAGGAAAAAGGUCUUCUGCCUCCACUUAUCCACACUGAAGUUCCCUAUAAGCAAGAACCCAGAGGAACCUCUGGUAGCUGACCACCACUCAGUCAUAAACCAAGCUGUAAAGAAGCCAGAACUAAAACUACGUUGCAUCCAAGUGCAGAAAAUCAGGUACGUGUGGGAUUUCUUGAAGAAGCGAUUUCAGAAAGUUGGGCUGCUGGAAGACAGUAACUCCUGUUUUGACAUCCACCAUACAUUUGGAUUGGGUCUGACCAGUGAAGAGCAAGAGGUCAGAAGGCUAGUGUGUGGGCCUAAUGCUAUCGAGGUGGAGAUCCAGCCCAUAUGGAAGCUGCUUGUUAAACAGGUUUUAAAUCCAUUCUAUGUCUUCCAAGCCUUCACCCUCACUCUGUGGCUGUCCCAGGGUUAUAUAGAAUACUCUGUGGCUAUCAUCAUUUUGACGGUUAUCUCCAUUGUCUUGAGUGUGUAUGAUUUGAGACAGCAAUCAGUUAAGCUACACAAGCUUGUGGAGGAUCACAACAAAGUCCAGGUCACAAUCACAGUAAGAGGCAAAGGUCUGCAGGAGCUGGAGUCCCGUCUUCUGGUUCCUGGGGAUAUUCUCAUUCUUCCUGGGAAAAUCUCAUUGCCCUGUGAUGCUGUCUUGAUCGAUGGGAGUUGUGUGGUAAAUGAAGGAAUGCUCACAGGAGAAAGUAUACCUGUUACAAAGACGCCAUUGCCCCAAACGGAGAACACCAUGCCCUGGAAAUGCCACAGUUUGGAGGACUACCGGAAACACGUGCUCUUCUGUGGAACAGAAGUGAUUCAGGUCAAGCCAUCUGGCCAGGGACCUGUUAGAGCCGUUGUUCUGCAGACAGGUUAUAAUACAGCAAAAGGAGACUUAGUGAGAUCUAUCCUCUAUCCUCGACCUCUGAACUUCAAACUGUAUAAUGAUGCCUUCAAGUUCAUGGUGUUCCUGGCCUGCAUUGGUGUUGUGGGAUUUUUCUAUGCCCUGGGUGUCUAUAUGUACCAUGAAGUUCCUCCGAGAGAAACUGCAACCAUGGCCUUGAUCCUUCUCACUGCCACUGUCCCUCCUGUGCUCCCAGCUGCGUUGACUAUAGGCAAUGUGUAUGCCCAGAAGAGGUUGAAGAAGAAGAAGAUUUUCUGCAUCUCCCCACAGAGAAUCAACAUGUGUGGCCAGAUCAACCUCGUGUGCUUUGACAAAACAGGAACUCUGACAGAAGAUGGGCUGGACCUCUGGGGGACUGUCCCCACUGCUGGCAACUGUUUCCAGGCAGUCCACAGCUUUGCCUCAGGUGAGGCUGUGCCCUGGGGCCCACUGUGUGCAGCUAUGGCCAGCUGCCACUCCCUGAUUCUUCUUGAUGGGACCAUCCAAGGAGACCCUUUGGACCUCAAAAUGUUUGAAGGCACUGGUUGGAAUAUGGAAGAUAGCCAAGUGGCCUCCUGCAAAUCCGGCAAGGCAGAUUCAAGCACUGUAAUAAAACCAGGACCGAAAGCCAGCCAGAGCCCCGUGGACAGCAUCGCCAUCUUGCGCCAGUUUCCGUUUUCCUCAGGGCUGCAAAGGAUGUCUGUGAUUGCACAGCUGGCUGGCGACCUUCGCCUCCACGUCUACAUGAAGGGUGCCCCGGAAAUGGUGGCCAGGUUCUGCAGCACUGAAACGGUGCCUAAGAACUUCUCACAGGAGCUGAAGAAUUACACAGUGCAAGGCUUCCGUGUCAUUGCUCUCGCCCAUAAAACCCUGAAGAUGGAGAGGCUUUCAGAUGUGAACCGUCUAGCAAGGGAGAAAGUGGAGUCUGAGUUGACAUUUCUGGGACUUCUCAUAAUGGAGAAUCGCUUGAAAAAAGAAACAAGGCCAGUGCUGAAGGAGCUGAGCGAGGCCUGCGUCAGGACCGUGAUGGUUACAGGUGACAAUCUUCAAACUGCCAUCACUGUUGCUAAAAAUUCUGAGAUGAUUCCUAUGGGCAGCCCGGUCAUCAUUGUUGAGGCUAAUGAGCCGGGAGACCUUGUUCCUGCUUCUGUGACCUGGCAGCUGGUGGGGACCCAAGAGCCAGGCUCUGGGAAGAAGGACACCUACAUCAACAUCGGAAACAGUUCUGAACCCGUUGGGAAAGGUUACCAUUUCGCAAUGAGUGGGAAGUCAUACCAAGUGUUAUUUCAUCAUUUCUACAGUAUACUGCCGCAAAUUCUGGUUAAUGGAACCAUUUUUGCAAGAAUGUCUCCUGGACAGAAAUCAAGCCUUGUGGAGGAGUUUCAGAAAUUAAAUUAUUAUGUGGGCAUGUGUGGAGAUGGAGCCAAUGACUGUGGGGCUUUGAAAAUGGCGCAUGCGGGCAUCUCGCUAUCAGAACAGGAAGCAUCCGUGGCAUCUCCCUUCACCUCAAAAAUAGCCAAUAUCGAGUGUGUGCCUCACCUCAUCAGGGAAGGCCGGGCCGCUCUGGUCUCAUCUUUUGGUGUCUUUAAAUACUUGACCAUGUAUGGCAUCAUCCAGUUUAUUGGAACAUCACUUCUGUACUGGCAACUCCAGCUCUUUGGUAACUACCAGUACCUCCUGCAAGACGUGGCCAUCACACUGAUGGUCAGUUUAACAAUGAGCAUAAACCAUGCCUUCCCAAAGUUGGCUCCAUACAGACCAGCGGGACAACUGCUUUCUCCUCAGUUGCUACUCUCAGUCUUCAUGAAUUCCUGUUUCACCUGCAUUGUGCUAGUUUGUACAUUUCUCUCCGUGAAACAGCAGCCUUGGUACUGUGAGGUCUACAAAUACAGUGAAUGCUUUCUGGUCAACCAAAGUAAUUUCUCAACCAACAUGAGUUUGGAGCGAAACUGGACUGGAAAUGCAACUCUGGUUCCUGCUUCUGUGCUAAGUUUCGAAGGCACUUCUUUGUGGCCCCUCGUCACCUUCAACUGCAUCUCUGCAGCAUUUAUAUUUUCUAAGGGAAAGCCAUUUCGGAAACCCAUCUACACAAACUAUUUAUUCUCGCUUCUGCUGACAUCUGCUGUGGGCCUCACCAUUUUUAUUCUGUUUUGUGAUUUUCAAGAUUUAUACCAUAAAAUGGAGUUCAUCCCAACCCCCACAUCAUGGAGAAUUUCAAUUCUGGUGGCAGCCUUUGUCCAGUUCUGCGUGGCCUUCUUUGUAGAGGAUGCCAUCCUUCAAAAUAGAGAGCUCUGGCUGUUUUUAAAGAAAGAGUUUGGAUUCUACUCGAAAAGUCAAUAUAGGAUCUUGCAGAGAAAGCUGGCAGAGGACUCUACAUGGCCUCCCAUGAACAGGACAGAUUAUGCAGUUAAUGGCAAAAACGGAUUCUACAUCAACAGAGCCUACGAAAGCCCGGAAGAGGUCCCCAAAGGGAAGCUCAAGCUGGGCGGGCCAGCUUCAGAACAGCACUUCUGGACCAGACUCUAACCUGAACUGCUGUCACACCUGUUCUGCAACAUCGCCCUUUGUCCCCCAAACUAAACAUUGUGGAAAGGUGGAAACUGCAAUCCCUUCUCUCUCCAUCCAAGCACCCAAUGCAC